GGGUCACGUGACGGAAGUCGGGGCGGCUGGGUGCGGCGAGCGGCUGGAGAGGUUGGGGCUGGUCCCCGUCUUUCCAAAAUGGCUUCGCUGCUGCAGUCCGAGCGCGUUUCGUACCUAGUGCGAGGCGAGAAGGAGAUCCGCAUGCCGCUCUCGCAGCUCUAUUUCUGCCGCUACUGCAGUGAGCUGCGCUCCCUCGAGUGCGUCUCUCAUGAGGUAAACCGGGCGGGGGCCGCAGAACCGGGGGGGGGGCGCCACAUCCAACGCCUCGAGAGCCCGUUGAUUGGCCCGUCCAGCCGCCACUCGCUGCUUCCCUUCAUUCUGUUGGUUAGGGGAGAUGGAUGGAUUAGAGGGAGGAGGGUCCAUAUCAUUCUUAUAUGAUGUGUGGAGGUAGCGUCGCCCUCUCCCUCAUCUCUACCGCAGGAUGCCAGUUCUGGCAUCACUGGAGUUGUGUUGUUAAUUAUAGUCCUCCGUAGCCUCUCAGUUGCUUCCUGGGGUGGUGUGAGCCUGCCGGUUGCUCUGUUCUGCCAGAGCUGAGUUUUGCACAGGAUAGUUAAGUCACAACAACCUCUAUCGCAUUCUGUAAGCAGUAGGCGGCUGUUACUCUGUGUGUGGGGAUGGUAGUAAUUAGCUACACCUUCAUUCCCUUUUUGCUUCCUAAACUGUAUAUUCAGCACAUUAAAAUAAAUCUCUUCCAGUCUUCUUAUUUGUUCUUUUAGCAGCCUGUGUGGUGCUUGAGUUUUGUGCCCCAUCCCUCCAUUUCUGUAGCAUAUUGUGUCCUCUGCAAGUCACAGAAGUCAAUACGGAUAAAAUGCAGCACUCUUACCAACUGAUUUAUUAAUAAUAAUAAUAAUAAUAACAACAACUUAUUUCUACCCUGCCCAUCUGGCUGGGUUUCCCCAGCCACUCCGGGCGGCUUUCAACAGAACAUCAAAAACAGAAUAGAACUUCAAACAUUAAAAAUUUCCCUAAACAGGGCUGCCUUCAGAUGUCUUCUAAAAGUCAGAUAGUUGUUUAUUUCCUCAACUUCUGAUGGGAGGGCGUUCCACAGGGCGGGUGCCACUACCGAGAAGGCCCUCUGCCUAGUUCCCUGUAACCUCACCUCUUGCAGUGAGGGAACUACCAGAAGGCCCUUGGACCUGGACCUCAGUGUCUGGGCUGAAAGAUGGAUGUGGAGAAACCAGUUUCUUUCUCUUCUGAUUAGCCAAGUCAUUUUCUGAUUACCCAGUCCUAUCACAACCUCUAAUUGAUUGUCUUAAAAAUUCUGUCUUCUUUCCCCCAGUUUAUUUGGAUGUAGAGGGUGGUAUUCAGAUAAGUUUUACUCAUAGCAGACUGGUUGAAAUUAAUGAACAUAACUGAGAUGGGUCCACUAAUUUACUCUGGGUGAAACUUGGUUGAGUACCACCCAGGGAGUUUUCUUGUUACACAGAAUGGUCAUUUAUAGCUUAGUUGAAUUCUUUUCACUCUUAUAUCUUUUUUGCCCUUUUAAUCUGUAGAGAAUGGAGACAGCCAGUUCAUAGUGUGCCAACCUGAGUGCAGCUUCUACCUUGACCAUAAGAUUACUAAAUAGGCCUGGACACAUGUUUUACUUUGUCAGAACAUCAAAAUAAGUAAAGUAGCUGUAAAACCUUUAAAAAGCCAUGCUGCUUCGUGACUUUGGCUUAACAAAUGUCUAAAGAUUAGAGCCUGCUUCUGCACCUAAUUUUGGCAUAGUUGGGGGCUGAAGUUGCAACUCUGUUCACAAGUCACACCUGCCUGCCUGCCCACACCUUGGUCCAGUGUUCUUUUCAUGAUAACUUUGACUUGUGUGAAGAACAUCUGUAUUAUUUCACAAUCUUUCAGUGUAAACCCCUCCCCCCACUGCAAUAACAUUUUAGAUGAGUGUUAGUAAGCCUUAUCUCUUCUAUUCAAGUUUAUAAACUAGAUGCCAAUGUGAUAGGUUGGGAAUUCAUUUGUAAAGCCUAGGUAAGUGGUGGAGCACAUGCUGUACCUAUAGAAGGACCCAAGUUCAGUCCCUGGCAUCUCCAGUUAAAAGGAUUCGGUGGCAAGUGAUGGGGAAGACUUCUCCUGUUAGAGAAACACUGUUGGUCACAAUAGAGCAUACAGGCUUAGAUAUACAGAUAUCCUUACUUUUCUGUAUUCUUGUGUUUAUGUAAAAGAUGGAGAAAGACAGUGGCAGGUAAUUCACAUAUCACUGUUUUUCACCAGUUCUGUAUAGCUAAGAAGAAUGAGAACAGCAUUAGCAUUGUUGAUAUGCAUCAAACGCUGUGACUAGAACAGCCAAAAACCUGCUUUGUCCUGUCAUCAGAAAAGGUUACCGAACAAAUCUCUUCAUUGUGUUGAAAUGAAUGUGAGAUUCCCAUACAUCAAGUCAGUAUGUGCUCUCAGAAGAAAGUGAACACAUUUCAGGCCAAAUAAUCCAAAGGGUAUAUCUACACGAUCAAUUUAUGGGUUUUAUUCCAGUUCUGAUUCAUGAAAGAAUCCUUGGAAUUGUUCUUUGACAAGGUUGCUGAAUUUUCUCUGCUAGAAGUCCAAAGGUUCCUUUACUGAACUAUAAAUCUUAGAAUAGUUUAGGAAGAGGUAAUAACUAUUAAAUUAGUUUUUUAAUUUGUAUAUGCAGAUACAUUGUAUCCCCUGUAUUGAUACCCAGUUGAUUCAGAGCUGAGUUGGUUUCUUUGUCCUCAUUCACACCUAGACAUUUCUUCAUUUUCAUCUAUUCUUUAGCUAAAAAAUUAAUUCAUUACUAAAUUAUGAUAAAUGAUUUCAUUUGGGAUAAUGGAAGCAUUCCUCUUUAUUAUAGGUCUGUGGAUGUUGCAAGAUACAGGAUUCUAUAUUGAGAAUUUUUUGUUUGAAUAAAACAUUGGCUACAUGGCUUGAAUUUGAUGACCUUUUAAAAAUAUAUAUAAAUGGAACUGAUGUUCCGAAAAACUAACAUAAUUUUAUUAACAGUUCCUGAUCUGAAUAUUUGCUCCUGUGCAGAAAUCCUAAUUUACGCUGGAUUUAACUAAGAUUAUUAAAACUGAAAUGUUUAUUUUUGAAUGCCUUGCAAUGCAAUUCUAUACAUGUCUACUCAUAUGUAAGACCUAUUUAAUAAGUGGGUAUUGAAUUCUGAUAUGCCUUGUUCUGGUGUAUGAACCCUGAGUAAGCAAGGGUCAAGAUGCAUGCAAUGCAUAAACAAAGCAGAAAAGCUGAAAGACAGGCUCAGGAGGGUGAAGUAGUCUGUGUAUUUGACUGUCCCCAGUGAUUGUCCACUCAAAAUCAGUCUAGUAAAGCUGUUUUAUUCUUAAGGGUUAUGGAAAAAAUUAAGCACUCCCCUUCUUUGCUGGUUCUUUUAAAGUUGGGGUUUUAUUACAUGCAUUUGUUUGUAAUGUGCCCCUUUGCUUAUAAAUGAUCUUUAAAAUAUACAAUGUCUCAAGAAGUAGCAUUAUGUUAUUCUGGAAGGACCGAAGGUUCAGACAAGUUGGAAAUAAAGUACUUUAGUGUGAACAGGAAAUUAUUUGCUCAGUUAUUUCCACCAGUGUUCAGAAUAAUAUAGAUGAUGAUAUCUGUGAGAGUGGCAGUGUAGAAGGUUGUUAGCACAUAGUUCAGCAACAUACUGUUAAAUUCCAUCUGAAUAGUAAGACAGCAAUCAUACUUGGCUUAGUUCCUGGGCAUUAGAAAACUGAAUAACUUUGCCAGAACAGUUUGUCUGCUGUUUGAAGAUUUUUUUGUGUUUAGGUCAAGAAAUUCCCCAGACAUCUCAGUUUUAAGAUGAUGAUACUUUUCAGUGUUUUGGGGGGCUGACAACAUUUCACAUUCCUUAUAAAGGAAUCUAUGUAUUCAUUAUAACUACUCUGUAAGUAAAGAGUUAUAAGGCUGUGUACUUAUGCAUGACUUUCUCCAAAGAAUCCUGGAAACAGUAGCUUUCCCCACUCACAGAGCUACAAUGCCCAGCAUCCUUAACAGACUCCACUUUAAAAUUGAGGUGGAGUGGCUUGCCUAAGCCAUCUGAUGAAUUCAUGACAAAGGUAAGAAUCAGACUGGGGACUUAAUGUCUCAUAACUUGAACUACCUACUAUGCUGUGCAGCCCUAAAAUAAAUCAAAGUUGUGGGGUUUUUUUGUAUUGGAAAAGGAUCUGGUGAAGGAUAAUGGUACAAAAUGAAAAACACCUUUUUGUAUUUUUUUUAGGUGGAUUCUCACUAUUGUCCCAGUUGCCUGGAAAAUAUGCCAUCAGCUGAAGCCAAGCUAAAGAAGAAUAGGUAAGACUACAUGCUACUUCUGUGAUUCUCACCUUACUCAAUAAUUUUCUCAUGCUUUAGGAUAGUCUCCCUUCUAUCAGUGUAUAUUUGUCCACAACACCUUAGUAAGAAUCUGAAACAAUUUUGAAAAUGCUCUAAGUGAGGAUUUUAUUUACAGUGUGAUCUCAUUGUGAUGAGGAAAGUGCUUUUGUGUGUUUGACUUAGCACUCUGUUUAUAGUCUGCACUGCUAACUACUGACAGUACUGGAGAAAUAGUGUUGCAAUAAUUUACACUUGAGCACGAGCCUGUUUCUUUUUCACACUCUCAAUGUGUUUUUUUGUGAAAUCACAAGAAAAGCACACUGUGGAAUUGCUGGUGAACUCCCAUGCUGCAAGAAGGCUUUCAGAAUGAAUUUACAUCUGUCCUACAUUGACAUCUGUGCUUUUGUGAAUUUCUGUGAAAUACAUGCAGAGUGGAUCAGAGCACUUGUGGAAUUUUGAAUGUUUACUGUGACCAGAUUUGAAACUUUCCUACAGCAUGUUUUGUGCCCUUUCACAAAGGGUGAUGGAAGUGGAAUGAGAUGGCUUACUUUUUUUGUUGUUGACUGAUUCUGUUAAGUCCUUUCUUUCAUAGUAACACUUUUGGAAAGAAUUUGGUUUUUUAAAACUUGUCAGGGGCAAUUUCUGAGUUAUAAAACAGAAAAUCAGGAGCCUUGAACAGCAGGUAUAAUCCCUGGUGUACAAACUUGAGUCAAACUUCCAUGCUGGUCUCUCUCUGUUCAGGUGUGCUAACUGUUUUGACUGUCCUUGCUGUAUGCACACUCUCUCUACCCGAGCAACAAGCAUCCCUGCUCCGCUGCCUGAUGACCCAGCCAAGACCACAAUGAAGAAGGCUUAUUACCUGGCCUGUGGCUUUUGCCGCUGGACUUCCAGAGAUGUUGGCAUGGCAGAUAAAUCAGUUGGUGAGUGGCAUUGGUUUUCAGAUGAAUAUUGCAAGUGUUGUUAGAAAACUUUUUCAUGACAUCUUUUGCAAUCAGCCUUAAUUAGAAUGUGGAGUGUUGUUUUUGUAAUUCAAUACUAAGAGCUGGGAAGAUAAGUAGGGCUGUGUGAAGAGCUUAUGGAGGUUAGCUUCCAUUGGUGAAUGGUGUUAUUAUUAUCCUACCAAAAUAGUCAGAAUUGAGCUCUGAGGAUGCGUGCCUAUGUCCUUGGAGUACUGUUUGCUCACAGGUUGCAUAAUAUAAACUAAGCAAAAAAAAGCGGGUUGUAUCCCACAAAGUUGUCCUGUUAACACAAGAACUUCUGCCUAUACCAGUGGUGGCCAAACUUUGCCUUCCAGCUGUUUUGGGACUACAAUUCCCAUCAUCCCUGGCCACUUGUCCUGUUAGCUAGGUAUGAUGGGAGUUGUAGUCCAAAAACAGCUGAAGGGCCAAGUUUGACCACCACUGGCCUAUGCAAUGGGACUUCUUCAUGGGCUUUCAGUAUAAAUAUAAGUGGAAAUUUCAUGUGCUGUAAAAUUUUUCAUGCUGUAGUAUUAUUUACCAUGUAUAUAUGGUAGAAGGGAGGGUGCAUUAUUCUCCCCCACCCUGGAAAUAUCUUCUGCACCCCUAGCUAUGUUUUUACUGUGUUUUACCUAGCUGAAUUCUAAAACCCAGAAUAGUCUGGGUAGGGGAAUAAUCCUCAAGGAAAGGGAGCAUUUGUAGGUGAAAAUAUGUGGGUGUCAGAUGGGUUCAACAUCUCUCUCGCCUGUCAGUAAUUUCCUACAGAUAUUUCUCUGUGCCCCUGCAUUCAUGUUGACCUUCAGACACAAGUAUAGAAAACACAUCUUUGCUGGUAUAUUAUGCAGUUCUGCCAUUUUCAGCUUGUGAUGCAGAAGAACUUUAAGCUUUUGGUAUCUGAUACGUUGAUACUAAUAAUACCAGAUUUAAUGAACCGUGGUCUGGGUUAGAUGAGAGGAGGAGAGAAGCAGGCAGUAAUUUUGGAUAUGUUUCAUUUUCUCUGUCCAGAGCAUUUAUGAUCUCUCUCUCCCUCCCCCCACACCCACCAUCCUUUAAAAAAUUGCUUUGUUGUGUUGCAGCCAGUGGAGGUUGGCAGGAGCCAGAAAAUCCUCAUACUCAGAAGGUACGUAAAAGGAAUUGCUUUUUCUUUCAUAGAGUAGCCUGAAAAAGAAGAGCCUUUGUGUUGGGUCUGCUCUUGUCUAUCUCUUAACUCACAGAAGAGAAUCAACAUUUAAUUAAACUUGAAAGAAUGAGUCCUGCAUGGUUGAGGCUAGACUGCAUCUUUCCCCAAUUGAUUUAGCACUGUAGCAUCAAACUCGGGCUGGGGAUGACAUUAUGUUGAGCAAAACAUACCAAGUAGUCCAAGCCGUUUUCCACAACAUGCAUUCUUUGAGAAGUGGCCCAUCUACAUUGACCUCAUUAGCUGCUGGAAUGCAGUUUAAACUAGCAGUCAUCAGGAAUUGGCACAGACCUUGUGUCAUGCAGAGGUCAGCAUCUUUCCCCAGCUCCAAUAUACUACACUGAUUUGAACCUUCUCAUACAGAUGCACUGCCACUAACAUGAAUUACUCUGUUCAGAGUAGUUAUCUGAGAACGAGAGCUCUAUUUCCUGCUGGCCUUCUUAUCUGUCUGGCCCUACCUUUGAGAUGUAGGGCGUAGCUCAUCUCCACCUAAGAGUAGGAUAUGAUGUAAUGCAAGCUUCUUUUUUCUGUUUCUCUGAGGAAAGAGCAGUGGGUAAAAUUGUUAGGAUGUGCAUGACACUGCUAGCUAACUGGGUCAGUUAACUGAUGUCAGGAGUUGGGCAAGAAGCUGCUGCUGCAGCUCAACUAAGGAAAAAACAAAAAGGGACACCCCCCAAAAGUAUUUCCACCAUUUUGUUUAACCUUUACUUUGGCAGGAACAGCUUUUCUUCCAGUUCACAUCUUAAACUGACAUUCCUUUCUAAUCAGAUUAACAAACUGGUCGAGUAUUAUCAACAGCUGGCUCAGAAGGAGAAGAUGGAGAGGGAUCGUAAAAAGUUGGUUCGACGCAGACCCUACAUGCCCCUUGCUUUUUCGGUGAGCUAGGACAACAGUACAGAAUUCUGGAACUCUUGGGCAAAAUCAGAAGACAGUUUUUUAAACUUCAAAGGCAUAAAUGUUGUUUUUAGUUGAGACUUGUAAAAAAGAAGCAAGCAAACAAAACAAACAAAAAUCUUCAGAGUUUAUUGGAACCGUGUCAGAUCAAUAAUCUUCCAAGAACAAGUUCCAAGCAUCUGUGUAUAGAAAGAUUUCAGAAUGUUUUGCCGUUUAUUAAGGGAUAUUGUCCACUACUGAAAUGUAGACACCUGUCAUUUGAAAUCCCUCAAGUAACUCAGGAUUGUAUUAAGAAGAGCAAGAAUUAGUCUGAGCUGGAAAUCAGCUAGGCCGAGAUGCUGCUGCUUUCAGUUUUAUUAUACUGACUGAUCAGUCACUAAAUAUUUGCUUGCCUAGCUCAUAGUCAGCACAAACUUGCUAUGUGGUAGAAAUCAUAAGAUGUGACAAUAUUUCAUUUCAGUUUUCAGCUGUGCAGCCUGUGUCAUUUGAAAGGCUUACUUUUUGCUUAGCUGAAUAUUUUUGCAUAUGCUUCCUACCUCUUGGAUACCCGUAUAACCUGCUUGCUCUGUGCAUUUGCUUUUGUCUUUAUUGCUGCUUUUUUCUUGUCUCCGUUGCUACCUGCUGCUAAUUUGGGGGCUCUCCGCAGCAACACACUAUACAUGUAGUGGUAAGUCCCUUCAGUUUCUGAUAGUGUUAAAACCUUUGAAACCACUUGCGUUCUACUGGUAUGUCAAUAUUUAGUGUACUCAGCCUUCUGGUCUUGGAUCUGCUUGUAGUACUACAGUUGAAGUCCAGUUUGCAUACAGUUAAUGAGCUGAGCUUUCCAAGCAAGGUUGGUAGACCUAUUGCUAUGGACUUUGAGUACAUUUUCAUUGUCCGUAUAAAGAAUGAGGUUUGCCGGUUCAAGUCCCUGCUAACAGAGUGAGGUGGUUCAUACAUGCUAAGCCUCAGUUUACCUUAAACCAUGGUUUAAUUGUGAACAUGUCUUCCCUUAUACUGCAAAAGUCCCUUUGCAGCUUCUCCCCCAACGCAAACCAUAUUUUGAUUUGCUGUGAUGUCUCAACUAGGAACAUGCACAAGCAGCAAGCUAGAAAUCAACUAUUCUCUGACUUACAUGUAAUAUCAUAGGUCAUACAGGUAGAAACAAGUACAGUCAAACCUCCGUUUAUGUAACCCUCUGGUUACGUAAACUUCAGGAUGCGUGUGUGGCAAAACUGGAAGUAUUUUACCAGGUUUCGCCACGCACGCAUGCGCAGAAGCGGUCCUCAGGUUGCAGAAACCUCGGGAUCUGACUGGACCUCUGGAACGGAUCCAGUCUGCAACCGGAGGUACCACCAUACACCAUUUUUUCUCCAAGUGCAUGUUCCUUCUUCCUAAAAUGACAUGCACCACCACCAUACAAAAUGACACAGGAUGUAACAGGACUGCUUCCUGGGAAAAUUUCAGUUGAAAUCCCCAUCCCACGACCCCUACAGCCAAUGAUCUCCAGAGUAGCAGAGUAGCAUUGGCCAAAUCUUUGUUUCUCUGUUUUCCUGUAUGUUGAUUGGAAAUCCAGUGACCUGAAUUGCAGGGUGGUUAUAGGGUAACACUGAAUCCAAAGAACCUUGAGUGGAUGGAAACAGGUGUGCAAAUAAAUAUUUGUGCAAGUCUUCUCUGUUGGGUAGGUUCUUGGUGCAGUGCUCUAGUACAAGAGUAGCCAACUUGGUGCCUCCAGAUGUGAUUGGACUUACAGCCCCAGCCAGCAUGACUAGGAAAGUUCAGCUGUAUAUUCACCAUGCUGUUUCUUUACGGUUGAUUCUGUUCUAUAUAUUUGUUACUAGUUGAAUUGUAGCAACUUGUCAGUGAAUACCUUGACUGAUGGUAGUUAAUCUGAGCUGUAGAGUGUCAUACCAUUAUCACAACUAUUUCUUUCUGUCCAAUGGUGUCUUAACUGUAGUCAAAUAUAUUUUUGUCACAAAAUUAUACCCAGUAUAAUUGUCACAAAAUUAUACCCAGACAGCUACAUUAGCUGUCAAGUGGAGUAUACAUUGGAGCAUCACAUGAAAAUAGGUCAGGGUAGGAGGUUUUGAAAAAAUAGGGUUGUUUCAGUGGCAUGCUGCGUCCCUCUUCCAGCAUUUGAUCAAUUAUUUUAUUUUAUUAACCAAGCUACUAAAAAUUCAUUUGAACAGAAAGAGAAAACCAUAUGCAUUGCCUUUGUGUGCGCGUUUGUGUGCAUACUUGAUUCCUUAUGCCCCUCAAGCUGUCAGAAACCACGUGAACUUGUUUUAAUCAACAGACCUAACUUUCCUUGCAUACUUCUUUCCUAGGACAAGUAUGGCCUUGGAACCAGGCUCCAGCGUCAGAGGCCCGGGGCCCCUAUCAGUGCCCUCACAGGACUUUCGUGAGUGCUAGGCCUUUUUAUAUGUAUGACAAUAGGUGAAAUGAUGUAAUUUCACAAGCUUGCCAACUGCUGCUCAUCUAGGGUGCAAAUAAAUUGCCUGCAGACUGCCAAGAGUGAUCCAGAGUCUCCCUCUGCAGCUUAUAUUCAGGAGGAGUCUGUUCCCCCCUUUUUUAAAAAAAGAAGAAGUGGUCCAUUGCUCAGUUUGGAGUGUGCUUUGGCACUGAUGUGUACUUCACAGUUGUGCCUAAACCUUCUGCUUUGUUUUACACAACAGUGUGACUGCUACCAGUCUCUUCCCUUAAGUUUUGCGCCUGAGAUUGAUUAUCUGUGUUAGUGCAGUACACAGCUAGUGUACGGUGGGUGUCAUCUUUUCUUGCAAACCCAGAAGCAUUUGCUCAUUUUAUCUCUUUGCUGUUGACCUUCUCUUCAGAGGAAACAAACUCAGGUGCUUUUUGCAUAUCCACACCAUACAUUUGGUGCAUAUUUAAAACACAUGGCUUCCCCCAAAGAAUCCUGGGAGCUGUAGUUCGUUAAAGGUGCUGGGAAUUAUAUCUACAGUAUGUCAAGAUUCCUUGGGGCACAGUAAUGUGCAUUGGAUGUGCCUGAAAUGUAUGGUGUGGCUCUCUUUCAGGUUCCCUGUGCAUGUAUUCUUGGAAGUAAGCCCCUGUGUGCUUAGUGAGUCUGAACUCUGCACGGUUUGCCUUGGGAUUUCAGCAAUGCAGUUCUGUGUAGCUUGAUAAAAGCCAUUUUGUGAGGGAAAGGUUGAAAGCAGGGGGUGAGGGGAACUAUGCUUAAUCCUUUUCUAUGUCAACCAUUUCCCAUUCUAAAUUGUUCACUGAACAGCUCACCCCUGCUGUGGGUUGGUUUUCUUUCUUUUUUCUAUGUAUGUAGGGUUUUUUGUUUUUUUGCUGAUUCCACCUUCCCUCUUCAGCUCUUUGUUGCCAGGAGGUUGGGAGAUCCAAAAUAUUAUAAGAGGUGGCAUGGAGGGCUGUAUAUUUUUGUAAACUGCUUAGAAGUUCUCUUACAAGCAAGCACUACAUAAAUGUUAUUAACAAAAGAAAAAUAAGAGAGAGGAGGAAUUUGUGGAAAUUGCCUCCCUUCCUCCUCUGUCAGCAGAAGCCUUCUCUGGAUCAAGGGGCCUCCAUAAAUGGGACAACACUAAAUGCAAUGUGCUUUUUUGUCCCUUUCUGUAUUUUUCCUUGUUGUUAAUCCUCUAAUCCCUAGAACAGCUGUUCUUAAGAAGUUUUUUUAAAGGGUGUGGCAUUUAAGGAUUGCAGAACUAGUGAAAAUUAAGGCUAGUGAAUGUCGAUAACUUUUUCUUUAUAAUAUUUACAUGCCGAUCUCAUUUAUGGUAUUAUCUUAAAGAUGGGAAAAUUUCAAGAAAUGGUUUUGAAAAGCACAUCAAUUUUCACCUUCACCUGGCUGAGCAAGUUCUCUCUCCCACUCAUUCUCUGUAGCCUUGUGUCAUUGUUCUAGGUGUUGUAAGGAGGUCUGAAUGUCAAUCAGCAACUUGCUUACAGUUGCUCUGCGAAAGUUUUAAUUUAGCCAGUAAUUGUAAUAUUAUUGAGGUUUUACUGUGCUCAGUUACUUCUAAGCAACUUUCUGAUUAUCCUAAGCAGCUGCUUUCUUUUUUGCCUCAGGCUGAAAGAUGGAGAGGACCAGAAGGAGAUAAAAAUUGAACCUGCUCAGGCUGUGGAGGAAGUGGAGCCUUUGCCUGAGGACUAUUACACACGACCAAUCAAUCUGACAGAAGGUAGUAGCUCUUAGCAUAUCUCUUGUGCUCUCCUGCCCCAGCUUAAUAUGUUCAGGUGGUGGUCACUCUUUUGUAUUGCUCAAAACUGUUUUUUGUUUGUUUGUUUACUUUGUACUGUGAACAGUGACAACCCUACGACAGCGCCUCCUCCAGCCAGACUUCCAGCCAAUCUGUGCUUCUCAACUUUACCCACGUCAUAAGCAUCUGCUGAUCAAACGCUCCCUUCGGUGCCGGGUAUGUAGAUUUUGCUGAAAAAUAUGUUAGUUUCUACUUCUACUGCUUUUGGUGUUUCUUUUUUUAAAAAAAUGUCUCAGUGGUAGCAUUUGUAGUUGUAGGUUGUUGUCUGCUGUUUGGCCACACAUUUUGUUAAUGUUUGUUUCCCCUAGAAAUGUGAACACAAUUUGAGUAAACCAGAGUUCAACCCUACAUCCAUCAAAUUCAAAAUUCAGCUGGUAGCUGUGUAAGUAUUUUGGAUAUGGGUGGAAGCAACAAUCUAUAACACUUACGGUUGGGUCUGUAUUCUCUCCUGAGUUGUUCCACUUCAGACUAUAGGUGAGAGCUCCUAAAACAGAAAUCACAACACAUAGCAAACUGGGAUAUCAGAGAACAGGGACCUAGUCUAGCCUUCCUUCUGACACACUAGUGACUUGUCUUCUACAUGCAGGUACAUAAUAGUAUAUGUACAGAGGGCUACUUGGUGUACAAACUCCAGUUUUGAAAUGUAAUUUAAACCAACCUCUUUAAUUAAGUCUGGCGCCAUGUUCUCAUUUAGUCUCAGUUAAAACUUUGGAAGUUGUAGCUAAUGUAGUACAGUUCCCUUUAAAAAAAAUUAAACCAUGUUGUGUUUGUAGUCAUCUACUUUUUCCACUUUUUAAAACAUCACCAUGUUAAGAACCCAUUCUGGGUUGAAAGGUAGGAAGCCAGAUAUCUAAAAGUGAAAGUGCAGUCAGAAGUCUAGAGAUGUUGGGUUCAUACUUGAAUUUGCUAUUUACUUUCUUUUAUUUGUAUUGUAGCAACUAUAUCCCAGAAGUGAGAAUCAUGUCUAUUCCAAAUCUGCGCUAUAUGAAGGUUUGUUCUUGUGUAUUUUGAACAGUCUUUCUAGAGGUGGGAUUUUAAAUUAGGGAUGGGGACCAGUGGCCCUCCAGAGUUGUUGGGCUGCAACUCCCAUCAUUUAUGACAAUUGGCUAUGAUGGUUGGGCCUCCUGGGAGCUGGAAGUUUUAAAGGUUGCAUGUGAGUCAGUGUUAAACCAACUUUUUAUUUAUUUUAUAUAGCUUUUCAUAUUGAGUGCGUUAUUUUUUAUAACCUUGGCUCAAUUUAAGACACCACACCAAAUCAUGGUUUGAGCAAGCUGUAGUUUCAGAAGAGCCGCAAUUGAUGUUUAUUUGAUUGGAUGAAUGAACUGGGGAGAUCUUUAAUCAACUAAAAGUCUCCCCCCUCCCGAAUAAUUGGAUGACAUUUAAAAAAGCACCAUCUUGAAGCACAACUCCGUUUCAUGUAUAUAGGAGGAAAUGCCUUUUGCAGUAUAAUGUUUGCUAUGACAAAUAUAAACACUAACUAAAUCACUAACUGAAUGACUGGAAGACUAGCUUUUUUUUAAAUGUGAGAAAUUUGUGAAUUUUAGAGGCAUCAGUGAAAGGCAGAAACGUGUUUUUUGCAACAGCAUAAAAACAGGGUGAAAGAUUAUUGCUGAGAGUGAUCGUUUCCUUUGUGUGUCUGUCAUUUGCACAGGAGAGUCAAGUUCUUCUAACUCUCACCAAUCCAGUGGAAAAUCUCACUCAUGUGACACUGAAAGAGUGUGAGGAAGGUGAUCCUGAUGACACCAGUAGUACUGCUAAGGUACUGCAGCUUCUUCCUAGCAUAGAUUCUAGGCCAUACUUUGAUGCUGUGCUGGAAGCUACACUGACUGUAUGCUCCUAUAAAUAGCCAUCUGUCAUUGAAGACUUAGGGUGGAUUUAUAUGUAGCUAUGCAAAAAGAGACUUCCGCAUGGUAUUGGUACCCAUGUGGGUGCCAUAAGCACUAAGGGGUUUGCCAUAUUAGGUGGGGUUUGUUUGUUUGUUUGUUUGUUUGUUUGUUUGUUUGUUUUAAAAAGUGUAUGUUUCCUCCUCUGGCUCCUUUUGAGAGGAAGGAUGGGAUAUAAAUAUAUACUAAAUGAUGAUAGUAACAUGCACUGAAGAUGUAUUGGGUAUUUUCAUUCCAGCGUUGUAUCUUGCAGUUGGCCACAGGCAAUCUCUCCCGCUCCAUUACUUACCGUAUAUAUACUACAGGGAAAGCAGGGUGAAUGUUGGUUGGCUACUUGUUGCAAAACACAUUUUCUACAUAACUCUUUUUCAGGUGGUGGUUCCUUCCAAAGAGCUACUCCUGGCUGGCAAAGAUGCAGCAGCAGAAUAUGACGAGCUGGCAGAGCCUCAAGAUUUUCAAGAUGAUCCUGAGUAAGCUUUUCCAUAUGUUACAGACCUGUGUAUCAAUUUGUCAUCCAUGAUUCAUUGGCAGUUGAUGGUGUUGGCUUCCGUCAGGUUGGCAACUGAUAGCACAGUAUUUAUUUUCCUCUGCUGUGUAGUUUGGAAUUUAGAAAGUAGUUGAUAGAAGAACAUCCCACCCCCAAUAUAAUACUAGAACUUGGGGUGAUCUGUCAAAUUGAUUGGCAGGGAAUUCAGGGCAGUCAAAAGGAAGUGCUUCAUGUAAAACAAUUAGAGCCUUCCUUUAGAGCCCUUUAAAAGGAAAUUUGACAGGUUCAUGGAGGAGGGAUAUAUCAAUGCUGGCAUACCUCUGAAUGCUAGUUGCUAGGAAGGCAAUAUGUGUCAAUUCUAGUUUCUAGGCUUGAAAGAGGGCUCUUGACUUCAUGUCUUGCUUGUGGGAUUCUUGGAGGUAUUUGGCUGGCUGUUUGAAGCAAGAUACUGGAUUUUGUGGACAUUUGGCUUGAUUCAGAAGGGCUUCUCUUACUUUUUGAAAAUUCAAAUUCAGGCAUACCCAUGAACUCCUCUUUUAGCACUGGGCAAGUCCAUGUAUUUGGUUAGUUCUGUCUAGCUAUUCUAGUUGGCUUAAGCAACUAAUAAACUUUCUUAGUGACAUAGCUCACAGGGAAGUGCUGUGGAAUUAUAUUAAAACCUCUCUUCUUCCUUUGCAGCAUCAUAGCCUUCCGGAAGGCUAACAAAGUUGGGAUAUUCAUCAAGGUCACUCCACAGAAAGAAGAGGGAGAAGUUACUGUGAGCUUUAAGAUGAAACAUGAGUUCAAAAACCUUGCCGCUCCUAUCCGGCCCACGGAGGAAAGUGAUCAGAGUUGUGAGGUCAUCUGGCUCAAUCACCACGUGGAGCUCAGCCUGGGCCCUGUGCUUCCAUGAAACUCGUCUGUAACUGGAACCUAAACGAUGGCCACACACUACAUUGUGUCACUGUUCUAUAGAAGAAUGCAUCCUGACAAAAUGCUGAAGGCACUGUUUCACAGAGGCUCCCAUCAGAUAUGAGCUCGCACACCACAAAUUUCAGCCAAAAGAUGCAGAGGUCGGAUUAGAAGAGAAGAGCCACACUCUUGGAUGACUCUCCUCUCUGCAACACCUAUGAAUUGAUGGUCGUCGUCCCCCGCCCCCCACGCUUGGUCAGCUUUGUAGCAGAAAGCUUGGUGUGCACAUUCUGUGGUCAUCUUGUAUUGCUCCUUGAUAAAACGGCAUGGAAUUUCCCAGCAAACGACCUUACUUGGCGCUCUCUGCAUCGGUUUUGCAAAGCUAGUAUUACAUAAUGCCAACAUCUCUCUCCCUUGUGGUAGGUUCUGUUCACAGUAAAAAUUAUUCCAAGGCUGCAGUAGCACCAUCUAUAGUGAAACAGCAAGCAGCGGCAGCAGUAUAAUGUUCUCUUGCUUCCACCUUCAAUUGGAUGUGCCAUCUGUUUCAAAUAGCACUUGUUGGCCUUUUACUCAUGUACCAGAAGUUGAUAUUUCAUAAGAUGUUAUCUUGUCCUGCAUACUUUGUUAAGGAAAGGCUCUUAAGAAAAAAAGGCAUUUGAAUGCUCCUCCCAAUAUUCUGCAGGUUUUUGUGGGGAGGAGGGCGGGUCUUCUGCCACUCUUACAUUGAAAGAUGCAGGUGUAAAAAUGGAACAGGUUCUAGGGUAGUUCAUAAAUGAAAAUGCUGCUGUACUGCACUUAUUGUAGCAGGGGUGCCAUUGUGGGGAAUCAUUUGUGUGUUUUUUGUUAAAUUAUUUAUUUAGGAAUAGGUUUAUGACCAAAGAUAGCUGAGAAUUUUGAUACGUGAGAUCACUUUCGGUAUGCUUUGAAGUUUAAAAUCUCUUGGAAGAAGUAGCUACAAGCGCCCACCGUGCAUCCUUGCACACAAUGUACUUAAUAUUUGAUUCCCAUACCAUUAUAAGAAAAAGUGAAUGGCUUUCACAAGGCUUUGUUAGUAGCAAAUUGAAGAAAUAAAUGGUUGUAAACUCUAAUUCCCAGAGCUUGGCUCUAACCUUCCACCCAUACUCAAAAAUUCAGCAUUGCAGUGUUGCAUACACACAGAGACACAAAAUGCAGAGGUAUGUUCCAACACAAACUUCUUGGCUAAUAUUUUUUGUUAGAUUACUGAGAAGAAAAAUGCAUAUGGUGGAACUCGGCUGCUUUUUCUGCUUAUAAUUCUCAGACUACGUAACAGAUGUAGGUGUGCUUUGAAUGGGGCUCUGCUGUUGUAGCCUGGGAGUAAUGGGGGCAUGUUCAGAUCACAUGAUUGAAUACUGUUGUAAGCAGGUGUGCGUUACAAUAUGAGAGCUUAUUUUGUAGCCUCAGAAAGAAAGAGGAAUGCUUAUUUCCAUCUUGGAUUAAAGUAAAUGGACUCAAGGCUGUGGGAAAACUGUUUUCUUGUAGAUUGCAAGUUGUUCAGAGGUGUGUCUUUUAAAAGUCUUCAUUUGUUUGGCAGCAUUUGGAUGAAGGUAGCACCUUAUCCAGUUUGUGCAAUGGAUGUAAAGAAAAAGAGAAGCUCGAUGUUCACAAGACCUGCGUAGACUAUACACAAUAUAAAGCAUGAGUUUAAUAAGUCUAACCAGUGUUUAUUCUUAAAUGUGUAGUGUUUAGUGUCUGCUGAUCUCAGUUUUUAAAAUAACUCAAACUAACCCCUGAUUUAAUUCUGUCAAGAUAAUUCUUGGCUGAAUAAUAUUUGGGAACUUCAUUUUCGAGAGCUGUUGCUGUGCUGAAGUGAUACACACCCGAAGCUUCUUUGCAAAACAUAUAGGAAAGUUGGGGCAUACAUUGGAAGCUUUUUCCUUUUAAUCUUUUAGGACUCUGUUCUGUAUUACACACUUCUGCAGAAACAUCUCACUGAAUCCUCACUAGAGGGCACUGGAGACACACUGCCUUUAUCAAUAUUAAUAAAAUGACUGUGUUGCCUUAUUGUUUUACUUAAUGUAGUGAACUUGAAAUAAAGAAGCAGACAAAGCCA